CGCCCUCCGACUCUUCAGCUGCCACCGGGCGCGGGGCGGCGAUGGGGGCGCUGCUGGCGCUCUGUCUGCUCGUGGGCUUGCUGCGCUGGGGCCCGGCGGGCGCGCAGCAGCCUGGGGAAUAUUGCCACGGCUGGGUGGACGCGCAGGGCAACUACCACGAGGGGUUCCAGUGCCCCGAGGACUUCGACACGCAGGACGCCACCAUUUGCUGCGGCUCGUGUGCGCUGCGCUACUGCUGCGCUGCAGCCGACGCCAGGUUGGAGCAGGGCGGCUGCACCAACGACCGCGGAGAGCUGGAGCAUCCUGGCAUCACCGCGCAGCCCGUCUACGUCCCCUUCCUGAUCGUCGGCUCCAUCUUCAUCGCCUUCAUCAUUUUGGGCUCGUUAGUGGCUAUCUAUUGUUGCACCUGUUUGAGACCCAAGGAGCCCUCCCAGCAGCCGAUCCGCUUCUCACUCCGAAGCUAUCAGACAGAGACCUUACCCAUGAUCCUCACCUCCACCAGUCUCAGAGCAGCUUCUAGGCAGUCCAGCACAGCCACCAGCUCCAGCUCCACAGGAGGAUCGGUCCGAAGGUUCUCCUUUGCCAGGGCUGAGCCAAGCUGCUUGGUACCCUCAUCACCUCCACCUUACACCACUGGCCACACCAUACACCUAACCCAACCAUCCGGUUUCCUGGUGUCGCCCCAGUAUUUUGCAUACCCUCUCCAGCAGGAGCCCCCAUUACCUGGGAAAAGCUGUCCAGAUUUCAGUUCCAGUUGACGGGCGGUGGUUGUGAAUAGGCCAUAGAGCAAAAAGGCAGCCAGGUGGAGUGUUGCUGUCUUGGCCAAGUCACUCUCACUUCUGAGGAAAUUUGUGGUAACCCAUCAAGCUCAUGGAAGAAAGGUCCAGAAUGAUUCGGCACUUUCUGGUCUUGAGGUCCUUGGCUACAAUUACAGGAGACCUAGCAACCAUGGUGAACAUGACAACUUAUUCACCUUUUGUUAAAAUAUUCAUCAGCUUGAUGUUCAGUUUCCAAGUUGAAAGAAAAUAUUUUACUGGACAAUUCAGCUAUUCUUUGUAGAAAAGUGCUCUGUGUUCCUUUUCCUGUGUUGAAUUACAGUACAAAUAUAUACAUAAAUAAGGAAAGACAUAUACUUAACUUUAAUUAUAAAGGUUCACUUAAAAACUAACUGUUAAGUAAGCUUAAAGGGCCAGUGAACUACCUAUUUAUAAUUUUUGGAGCAACCUAACCAUAAGUAAUAUUAGUACGAUGAGAACAUUUACUUCUUAAAUUAAUAACAAAUUUUGUUUAAAAUGUGAGUUUUCUUUUUCCAAAAUACAAGGUUUCAGUAACCACAUGGGAAGCUUAAAAUUUUAAAUAUAUACUCAGACAUUUGUUGUAACACAGAUUCUGGGUAAAAAUCACCUUCCCCGCCAACCUGAGGGAAUAUUUAUUGCAGACUUUUUGUUCAGCAAUAUUAGUGUUUAAACGGAAGUUGGACAAUUGGGUCUUAAAACAUUUAUUUGUAU